AUUUACGUAUGGGGUGAGAUGGACCCCGAGGGUUCCAUCUCACCCCUUACUCUAAAUAUUUUACAAACACUUAGCAUUUUCUUUCCUUUUUCCUUGUAGAUGCCCCGGAAAUACGUGAGAAUAAGUAAUAGAGGGGGAUGGAAUACAGAAGCAAUGCAGAAUGCAAUAUCUGCAGUUAAAGAAAAAAAGAUGGGUGUGAAAGCAGCCUCCAAGGAAUUUAAUGUCCCCAAGACUACUCUACGUCGCCGCGUUAAAGAGAAAAAUAAGAUAGCAACCGGUUCGACAAAGAUGCUUGGUCCUCUCACGACGGUAUUCAGUAAUGAACAAGAAGAAGAGUUGGUUGCUCACAUUUUAUCGAUGGAAGAUCGAUUUUUUGGACUUACUACAAGGGAUGUUCGCUACAUUGCAUUCCAAGCAGAGGAGAGGAAUAACUUGGACCACAAAUUUAACAAAACGGUUGGACUUGCAGGUAAAGACUGGUUAUUGGGCUUCCUACGGCGCCACCCACAACUUUCAAUUCGGACCCCAGAACCAACUUCUGCUGCUCGAGCAAGAUGCUUCAAUCAGACAAAUGUGGACAAGUUCUUCGACAUCUUAUCCUUAGUUCAGGAAGGCCACUUCUUUCCUCCACACAGGAUUUUCAAUGUGGAUGAGACAGGUAUUACAACGGUGCAGACAAAACCUACAAAAAUCCUUGGUCAGCGUGGGAAAAAACAGAUUGGCAGUCUGACUUCUGCUGAAAGAGGAGUUCUAGCUACAGCAGUUUGCUGCAUGUCAGCUGGAGGGCAGUUUGUUCCUAUCUUUCCACGGGUUCGUAUGAAGCAAGAACUAAAGGAUGGUGCUCCACCAGGAACCGGAUUUGCCUGUCAUCCAUCUGGGUGGAUGCAGCUCCCCAUUUUUACAGAAUGGUUUCAGCACUUUAUUGCCCACACCAAGCCAUCAGUGAAUGAUCCAGUAUUGUUGAUUAUGGAUGGACAUAUGACCCAUAUUAAGAAUCUUGAUGUUAUCAAUCUUGCCAGGGAUAAUUAUGUCACGAUUGUUGUUUUACCACCACAUUGCAGUCACCGAAUGCAGCCACUGGAUGUUUCAUUUAUGAAACCACUGAAUGCCUACUAUGUGGGGGCUAUUGAAACAUUCCUCAGAAACAAUCCUGGCAGGCUUGUGACAAUCUACAAAAUAAGUGCUUUGUUUGGUGAGGCCUAUCUACAUGCUGCUGUUCCAAACAGCCAUUAAUGGGUUUAAGAAAACCGGUAUCUGCCCAUUGAAUAAGCAUGUUUUCGGAGAAGCUGCAUUUUUACCUGCCCACCCAACAGACUUUCCAUUAAAUGCUGAUCAGGAAGA